AUGGGCGGUGUCAACGAAAGUCCCAACUAUGUCAAUCUCAUGAAGUUUGGCAGCGUCAACUCCGAUGGCAGCAUCGUCGUGACAGACUCCCUCCUGCAGGGUGGUAUCAUGUCUGUCUUUUACCUUGGCACACUCGUUGGCUGCAUGUUUGGCGGAUGCCACUGGAUGAUCGGUUCCCGGUUUGUAAAUGGACUUGGCACCGGUAUACUGAACGGCAUUGUCCCCGCAUGGGCUUCUGAACUUUCCGACCAUAAAUCUCGAGGAACCUUCAUCGCCAUGGAAUUCACUCUGAACAUCUUUGGUGUUGUUGUAGCCUACUGGCUUGCAUACGCCGUCCGGUUCAUUGACAAUGGUUAUUCGGCCUUUCGAUGGCGAUUUCCAAUUGCCUUCCAAAUCGCUCCCUUGAUCAUGCUCCUCGUCUUCUGCUGGGCAUUCCCGGAAUCUCCUCGCUGGCUUUGCAAGGUUGGCAGGAACGAUGAGGCGUUAUACAUCCUCCAGCGAGUCAGGGGCACUGAAGGCUCUGAUAGCGGUAUAGCCCAAGCUGAACUCGACGGCAUAAAGGCGAUUGUGGAGCUCGAGAAGACUGCGGAAGGGACCUCGUACUUCUCCAUGUUCUUUGGCCGCAAAUGCGGAAAGCUACAUAACGCUCGUCGCGUUCAACUGGUUAUCUGGCUGCAAAUCCUCCAGUGUUGGACUGGUAUUGCCGGAGUCACCAUGUACGGGCCUACCAUCUUCUCUAUCGCUGGAUUUGGAGUGGACAAAACGCAAUGGGUGGCUGGUCUGAACAAUAUCUUCUAUAUGUUCUCCACCAUUAUAUGCGUCGUCACUAUUGAUAGAAUUGGCCGUCGCUGGACGCUCUUCUAUGGCUCCGUGGGCCAAGGAGUCGCCAUGUUCCUUUGUGGAGGGCUUUCCCGCGGUGGUCUUGAUGCCAGAGCCAGCGGCAAUAUUGACGGCGCUAAUCAAUGGGGUGCAGGGGCAGCUUCUAUGGUCUUUAUCUACACAUUCGUCUUUGGCGCAACGUGGCUUACAGUUCCAUGGCUGUAUCCUGCAGAAAUCUUUCCUCUCCAGGUGCGAGCAAAGGGCAUGGCUUGGGGAGUUGUUGGUUGGUCAAUCGGAAAUGGCACCUUGACCCUCGUCCUACCAUACAUCGUCAACUCGAUCAACGAGAAAAUGUUUUACAUAUUUGCUAUAGUCAACGUGAUCAGCAUUCCAAUCGUAUGGGCAUUCUAUCCCGAAUCUAAUCAGAGAACCCUCGAGGAGAUGGAUCUCCUUUUUGCUGCCGAUGAACUCUGGACGUGGUCUGCAGAGAAAAAAUUCGCGGAGCUUAAGGAAGAGCAGUCCAUGAGAGCUAUCGUCAACGUGCAUAGCAAAGACCCGGCUGGUAUCGAGGCGAAAGCUGGCAGCUCUCAUUCUCACGUCGAGGUUUCCAAAGUUUAA